AUGUAUCUGCACGUGAUUCCACCAGAAUCUAUGAGCGAUGUGCCAGAAUGUGUAUUGACUCAUGAUGUCCAAUAUGACUCGAGCUUUUAUCAAAAGAAAUCCAAACCUUUCGCCAAAGUUUCGAUGCCUGUUGGCUACACCCAAACCCAAUCACUGUGUCAACAAUUUGGAAUCGAGCCGCAUACAUUGCUUUGUAUGGAUUCUACUUUAUGGAGGCAACAAAUUAUUGACACGGUCACAUUCGAUAUCCCCAGCGAGCGAGUAUCCAUCAAGUUUGUCAACGGAACCGUUUCUGAUUGCACUUUUAUGGAAUGCGAAAAUUCAACGUAUAAAACACCUCCAGUCAAAGAGUUCAAACCAGGAGCUUGGGCGCCUUCAGAAUUAUUUCCAACCUCAUCAGCCGAAGGAUCACUCGAGAGCCGUAUCAAAUCAAAGCUGCUUACUCAGCUCAACCACCUCAGGGAAAUCUGCUUUGCUCGUCAAGAUCCUUUAGACUCUCAUCUGGCCAUGUUGUCAGAAAUGACUCACAGUCAAUUAUCGAGGCUGAGAAAGUCAACUCGACCUUCUCCUCUCGCGCCAACCGAUUUCCAACGCUUGAAAGAUCUGAAGCGGUCUCUCCAAGCCCCUAGCGGCCCGAGCAAGCCGCGAAAACCAACGACUCAAAAGCGGCGCGCACCGAGCUUAGGCUUGCUCAAGAGUCGAAAAAAGCUCAAGCUUGCGGGAGCUGGAGAUAACCGAGAAGAAAAAAAUCCAGAGUCACAAUAUGAGCUGAACUUUGACAUACCAUCACCUGAAGUUUAUCAGUUGAUCUCAAGACUUUCAAGCUUCCGAAGUACGCUACUCGAUCUCUUCCAGACGGUCAUCUUAGGUCUCCUCAGAAAUGCUCUUCCGUGCACUUAUCCUCUCUGGGUUGUGAAGUCUGAGCUCGACUAUGUUCGAGAGCAUUUCACGUCCCGAGCCAUCCGUUUUGCUGAACUUCUGCAUGGCUCAACCUCGCUAAAGAAGACUCAGAGAGACCACGGCUUCGGGGGGUCCGAAGAUGGGUCACUUACCCAAUUGAGAGAUUGGUGUAGGAUGGUGAAGUCAUCCCACUUACUUGUGGAUGAGGACGCCGGACAUAGUGAAUUCACAUCGGCCGAGACAAGCUUGGAUGAGCCAGCUCCCAAUGUCAUCAAGCCUCACAUGCUCGAGACAUUCAUACAAGACCAUCCUGAAUAUCAACCCCGAUCUCUCAGUCACCAGAUAACGGAUUUACACCCAACUUGGAUCUCUCUCAAAGGUAAAGAAGACUUUCACGGACUGCAGGAGACGGUUCAACUUCAUUCAUCUACAUCAUCGGAAGUCAGCUCUAUCGCCGAUAAUCAAGCUUGCAAUUUGCGCUCUGGUAUUGAUACUGCACGCGAAGCGCAAAUUCAACAUGGCCCCACAUACCGAUUUUCAAGAGCCCCGACACCUACUCUUUCACCUACCCCUAACCGUCCAGGACCUAUCUCAUUUCCUGAUCAAGCGUCCUGUAAUUCUACUUCCAUAUUCCAAUUUCCCACUCUCGCUCUAGAGCCUGCGUUCCUGUCGAGCAUCGCACCUCAACUAGCCCAAGAAUCUGCUAUCGAACUUAGUACUCAAUUGGCUGAAGACUGUAUCACCAUGGAUAAGCUUGAUACCACUUUCCUGACCAUUACACUUUUAGAAGAGGAAAGGCUCGCCAAGGAACAAUUCGCUGGCCUAGAUCGAUUUUCAGAUGUCAUCACUGCCUCUCGACUGGCGGGGGGAUGGGGUGAGGGCCAUGCAGUGGAUAUUGCUACAGAUGCGACUAUCACAGCAGCACUAGCAGCUGUCAAGGCUCGAAUCAAACGUUUUGCAGACGCUCUACAUUCUCAGCCUCACAAUACCCAGCUUAGCUCUCCGCCCGUUCUACCUAGUAAACAAUCUGAGGUUAGACGUAGGAUGGCUGCUAAGCGUCGUACAUGGCUCGCUGUAACACGUCGACUUGAUCGUAGUUGGAUUACUGCCGAUCCCACUGCUGAUCAUGGAAUUGAGCCAGUAUGGCCUGAGCCGAUCUUUUUGAAGAAGACGACCAAAGGAAGAAGAAAGUCAGAAAAACGAAUCCAGUUGGAUAAUCCAGGCGACUCGAUCAUCAACAGUGCAAGCAGAACUCGAUCUCAUGUAUCUUCUGGGACUGACCGCGUGGAUAACAGGGACGACUAUCAUGCUGGGACUUCGGCACACUUAUCUGGAGCUAUGGUGGAGCGGCGCGAAGAAUUUGGAUACCAGCAGCUUGGAGAGGUUACUCACGCCCAUCCCGAAUAUGAGGAUGCGACCUUGAAUCCUGGUAUGACACUUGAUCAUCAUCAUCCGGAACUAGUUGAGAUGAGUGAGGACACCGCUAUCGAGUCUGAGCCAGAAGAAUCUACAAAGAUUUUCAACAAGUUACCGGCUGAUGAGACCGCUGCAAUGGAGGAUGUUGAACUUGAUCAAUUGAUGAAUACUAGUUCAGGAAUCGAAGAAAUUAUUAAAGGUGAAUUGAGAUAUUUAGAUCAUCAUGAUGAUGAAGAUGGUGAAGAUUUAAGUGAUGUAGAUUCAGAAUGGCCAGAAUGUAGUGGUCCGACGCAAAAUCAAUUGGCUAUGAUAGCUGGACUUUGA